AGGAGAGGUUGAUGAUAUAUUUCAAGAUGAUGACCCCUCCAUAAUGCAAGGCUCUUCAUUAGCUAUAGAUUUAACUGCAUACCAAUCACUUCAACUAUGUGCAGAAGGUGUUACAGAAGUUGAGGUUGAUGCUAAUGCAUUUGAAGAAGAGGAGGACUAUGGAGAAGAAAAAGAUUCAAAAUCCUCAGGAAAUAGUGAUAAUGUUGAGGAUGGAUGUCUGGAAAUCCUGCAGGUUCAGCAAGGAGGAGAUCUUCCUCCUCAGGAUCACAAGAGCAACACAAUUUUAAUCGCCCACAGUUGUUUACUGAUAACACUUUACCAGUGGAAUCCUGCAGAUAAUCGCCAUGUGCGAGAUGCAUUCUUAAAUUGUAUGAAACAUAGAUGGAGUGACAAUCUAAGGGAUGAGAAGUUGAAAUGGGACAAGAACUCAUCGCUCAGUGCAAGGGGAGCAAAGAAUAGGAGCUUUGGGGAAAGGGUGACUCACACCACUGGGUCCAUUAGCUUUGGCAUCCAUGAGGCGUGGAUGAUUGAGUCUAAAGGUGGUGUGCAACCUCCCCAUCAAGAGAAAUUCAAGGAGACGCACAACUUCAGAAAAAAGGCGAGAAAGGAUCAAGAGCCAGCGUGGAUCAAUGAAAAAGCAAAUUAUCGAUAUUGCAUAGAUAGUCGUGGCUCUGAUGCUAGUUUGUGGCCACGCAUGGAUAACGAGGCAUGGGUUAAGGCUGUUGGAGGUUGCUCAUCUAAUUUCAUGCCAGGGAUUGGCUCCCAAGUAAAUCUAGAGAUGCAGCUGGCCAAUAUGACAGAAGCUCAGGAUAAUAUGAGCCAAACAAUCGCACAGUCUGUUACAGCAGCUCUAGCCGCUCAUGGCAUCUCUCUUCAGGCAGGUCAUCAUCCAGUUGCCCCACCACAGCCGUCACAUGGUCCUGGCUCAGGUCUUCACAUGAAUUCAGCUUUCACCUACUCCACUAAUUCUACACAAACCUCUCUUAUUGUCCUUGAAUAUCAGUAGCAGCGGUAGUUUCUGCCUCAAGAUGAUGAUGCAUACCAUCCUACUUUUGAUCUAGACUAUCAGGGUCCUUAGUUUUUUUAUUUUUCUGCUACGCACAUUAUCUGCAUG